CGAUAGAUUAUGUUAAAGUCCCGAUGACUCGUAAAUGGAGGAUGAAACCGAGGGGGUUGGAAGAUGCAAGUGGAGUGGGGUGUUUGGUUGAUUUUCAGCCAUGAUGUCGCUUUUAGCCAGCUAGCCAGCAAGUAGAGGAUGGCACAAGUGAAAGUGCAGAUGGCAGCCCCUGUGUCUGCGCCGGGCCACUCCCCUGUUGCCCCCUCUGCGGCCGCGGCCACGCCCAGCUCGGGCCCCAUGGGCAUGCAGCCGUCCGUCAAUGGCACAGGACCGCCCCCGCCUGCCCCAGCAUGCCUCAGCCCGGGGCCUGGCUUUGGGGAGUCUGCUGUGUUCACCAAACCCUGCAUGACCCUGCCAGCAGGUUCACCCCUGGACUACAUGGCAAACCCUAAAGAGAAAACUCCCAUGUGCCUGGUCAAUGAGCUGGCCCGUUUCAACAGGAUCCAGCCCCAAUACAAACUCCUGAACGAACGGGGACCGGCCCAUGCCAAGAUCUUCACAGUGCAGCUGGCCCUGGGGGAUCAGACCUGGGAGGCGGAGGGGACCAGUAUAAAAAAGGCCCAACACUCCACUGCCUUCAAAGCCCUGACUGAGACCAACUUACCCAGGCCCUCUCCACGCUCCCCCAAAAUGGAACUCAACAGCAACCCAGGUUCUCUCUUCCUGUGUCUCUCAGGUAGCAUCACCCCUACAGUGGAGCUGAACGGGCUAGCCAUGAAACGAGGAGAGCCUGCUAUCUACAGGCCACUGGACCCAAAACCCAUGCCCAACUACAGAGCCAACUACAACUUCAGAGGAAUGUUCAACCAGAGGUACCAUUACCCCGUGCCGAAGAUAUUCUAUGUGCAGCUGAUGGUGGGGAACAACGAGUUCAUUGGAGAGGGCCGGACCCGCCAAGCUGCCAGGCACAAUGCCGCCAUGAAAGCCCUACAAGUCCUACGCAACAAGCCAAUCCCAGAGAAGGCCACACCGGGCCCGGAGGAGAAGAAGGAGACUGAGGAGAACAGUGAUGCCAGCAAGUCAGAGAUCAGCCUGGUGUACGAGAUCGCCCUCAAGAGGAACAUGCCCGUCAGUUUUGAGGUUCUGAAGGAGAACGGUCCCCCGCACAUGAAGAGCUUCCUCACACGGGUGACCGUGGGCGAGUUCACGGCCGAGGGGGAGGGGAACAGCAAGAAGCUGUCCAAAAAGCGCGCGGCCCUCUCCGUCCUGCAGGAGCUGAAGAAACUGCCCUUCCUCCCCGUGGUGGAGAAACCCAAACUGCACUUCAAGAAGCGACCCAAGACCAUACUGAAGCAGGCGGGACCAGAGUACGGACAGGGGAUGAACCCAAUCAGCCGCCUCGCACAGAUCCAGCAGGCGAAGAAGGAGAAAGAGCCGGAGUACACCCUGCUGUCUGAGAGAGGCAUGCCCCGACGCAGAGAGUUCAUCAUGCAGGUGAAGGUGGGGAUUGAGCUAGCCACAGGGACUGGACCCAAUAAGAAGGUGUCGAAGCGGAAUGCGGCCGAAGCCAUGCUGCUGCAGCUGGGCUACAAGGCGUCCACGUCCCCCACUCAGAACAUUCCAGAACAGCUGGUGGACAAUAAAGGAUGGAAUGGGCAAAAGACAUCAUUUCCUGAAUCCACACCAAACAGUGAGCAGAUUUAUCCUACUGAAUCCACACCUAACAGUCAAAAGGGACUCCUCCACCUGUCUCCAGACGUGUACCAGGAGAUGGAGGCCAGCCGGAGCAAGGCGGGCCCCGGGGCCUCAGUGAGCUACAUGCCGACGGGGCCCUUUUACAGCAGCACCAGCAGCACGGCGGCCAUCGCGCGGGAACUGCUGCUGAACGGCACGUCCCCCACGGCCGAGGCCCUGGGCAUGAAGGGCCGGGCCCCCGCCCUCACCUGCACCUCCAUACAGCCCUCCCAGCAACUCGACUACCUGGCCCGAGUCCAGGGCUUCCAGGUGCAGUACAGUGACGGUCAGAAUGGCAAAGAGCACAUUACCUACCUGACCCUUUCACCUGUGCACAUGACCUUCCAUGGCAUCGGAAACUCCGUUGAAGCUAGCCAUGACCAGGCUGCUCUAAGUGCCUUGAAACAGCUGUCUGAACAAGGACUGGACCUGAUGGAUGGACCAAUCAAAGUAGAGAAUGGAUCAGGAGACCAAUACUCACAAGCAGAACUACAGGGGAAUCACCUGGGAGACAGAAUGGACAGUACCCAGCCAAACUCAGGCACUACCACUCAGGACUACAAAGAUUCAAAGGCCGUCGCCUAGGAGACGUCCCACCCCCCAAAAAAGUGCCGACGGACGCACAUGCGUCCUUAUGAAGCUGUCAACCGCGCAACAGGAGUGGGCGUGCACCUGAAAAAGGACAGACUAAAUACCCUUAAAACAAGUCUAUGUGAAGACAACACUAUCCUGACACGUUAAAUUGUAUCGCUAAUUUUCAAAGAAAAUUUAGUUAAGUCAAAAGCAAAAUAAGCACAUGAAUGAAUCGAUGCAUGGUAAUGUUAAAUUGUGGGAAAUUGAACUGAAUGUAAGUAGACAAUUUCCCCUUUUAAUAGGUGAUUUUUAAAAUGAUUUUCUUUCUCCAGCUAGUUGCCCUGUGGUAUAGUAAAAAAAAAUUAAAAAAACAUAUAGAUAUAUAAUAUAUAAAUAUAUAUAUCAUGUCAUUGAGAAAAAAGACAGUUAUUGAGAAAAAAACUAGUGUCGUUUAAUUUUGGUUGUUUUCCUGUUUUAUUUGACUUUAUGAAUAUCGAAGCUUGAGUAUUUGAAAUGACACGAUGCCAGUGCUGUGUGAGUUGUAGUUGUUGUCUUCAUAUUAGUCACCCUGCUUCUCUUUAUUAUGCUAAUAUUCAGUAUCCAUCUUAUCAGUACGGACUUAUGUCUUGCAGAUACAAACGGUGUAUGCAAAACAAAUAUAAAAAAGAAUAAAAAAAAGUAAAAAACAUACAAGUAACAAAACAAUAGAAACUAAAAAGAUUAAAAUGAAAUUGAUGAAGGAGAAGAGCUGGACAUGAUGUAUAGAGAUGCUAUAUUCUGGAGAAGAGGGAAUCUGGGCUGAGUUCACCUCCCACCCCCCUGGUCCUGUGAGACCAUUUUAUGUGUAGUGUUCACCCAUCCCUCCCACCCCCCUGGUCCUGUGAGACCAUUUUAUGUGUAGUGUUCACCCAUCUUGACAUCAUUUGAGUGUUCUUUUAAUUUUACUUCUGUAUUCUGAAAGCGAGCACGAUGGAGUGAAAGUGGUGUUAUUACUUUUGUGACUCCAGGAAGUCCCCAGCUGUGGAUGCAUUGUGUAAUGUCCAGCCUUCUCUCACUGAAUGGCUAAAAUACAGUAAAUAUGACCUCAUUUAAUGUGGAAAAGGCCUGUGUGGUGUUUCACUUCCUUCAGGACCGCAGGGAAGAAUCCGCCCAGUGUUCAUCUUAGUCUCUGGCUGAGUGAGUUCAGUCUGGAGUUGUGCAGAGGGCUUGUGUGCCUGUCCUCGUGUGCUCACGCGUGUGUUGACCAUGCUCUCUGUUCUAUGCAUGUUCGUGUCUUGUGUGCCUGUGUGUAUAUGUGUGUGUGCUUUUGAAAAAUAACUUUUAUUAAAAAAUGGGGGGAGAUCUUGCUGUCCCUAUACAGUAAAAAACAGAUACAAAACUUG